UACAGUAAUGACAGUAGAUGUUGAGUGAUUCAGAAACAAUUCUCCCCACACUCAGCAUUUUCACUACGCGGUACACGCCAGAACAUCAGGGCUACGGUUGUUGGCUAGCUAGCUAACUCUACUGUACCUAUAUUAGGCCAGUGAUGUACUACCUAGCUAUUAUAACAGUUUGGACAUUUAUAACUAUAGUUACAGCUUGAUUGGAAAAAGACUAAUUACCUCAGGAGAGGGAGAUCAAGAAAUUCUACUGCCAUGGGUGCUUUAUUUUCCCGAUGGAAGGUUAAACCAACUACAGUGGAACUUUUAGAAGGCAUUGACAAAGAUAUUAAGGACCUUGAAGAAUUUAGAGCAAAGAAUCAGAGACUGGAGAAGUUGUGGGUGGGAAGACUUCUUCUGUAUUCAUCGGUGCUUUAUCUUAUUACCUGCAUCUGUGUUUAUUUCUGGUAUUUCCCUGAACAAUGGACAGGACGCAUCGUGAUGACUCUGCCCUUAUUUUUGUUUCCUAUAUUAGUGUGGUUUAUGAGGAAACUGUUGAUAUUUCUUUUUUCAAAGCGAACAGAAAAAAACAAUGACAAAUUAGAAGACUUAAAAGCUGAAAAAAGAAAAAUUUUGGAGGAGGUGAUGGAGACAGAAACCUACAAAAAUGCCAAAUCAAUACUGGAGAGGUUUGAUCCAGAAGCCAAGAAGAUAGUGGAAAUGGAAUCCACGCCGAUCAGACCAGGCCAGAUGACUCCUAGACCAGGCCAAGAACUCCGUCAACGCAAUGUAGCCAUGAAGCCUGUCAUGACCCCCACUCCUGGUGUCUGCCCCCCCAUGGACACUGGAGUCACACCAACUGGCCCCCUCCCACACUCUGCCCCAGGAGGACCCCCGGAUAGAGGCCUGUCUGCCACUGUUUCCCAGCAAACCAUGAUGAGGAGAACUCCUAUGGCCCCCUGCAGCCCUAUCCCAGGAAUGGGCAUGCACCCCCCAGGCCCACCCAUGGCCAGACCCAUCCUACCACGUGACAGAGGGGCUGUAGACCGUGUCAUCGAAUACCUUGUGGGAGACGGCCCCCAGAACAGAUAUGCCCUUAUAUGCCAGCAGUGCUUUUCUCAUAAUGGCAUGGCAUUAAAGGAGGAAUUUGAAUAUGUUGCUUUCAGGUGUGCUUACUGUUAUGUCCUAAACCCUGCGAGGAAGACAAGACCACAAGCUCCACAACUCCCAGAAUUUAGCUUUGAGAGGAAAAUGCGCUCAGAAUCGCCUGCCUCAAGACAUUUAGCAACAUUGGUUGCUACUGAUGACAGUGCACCCCCUUCUGGAGCUGAUCAAUGUAAAGGCAGUGGUCCCAUUCAUGAGGCUGCCAGGGCCCCCACUGUACCUUUAGCUACAGCCUGGAGUUCAGUGCACAGUUUUGCCAUCGUUCACAAUCUCCACCAGCGUCCCGUCACAAGACAGCCUGAUGAGAAAGAGCUGGAGCCCCCUUCUGAUAAAGUGUUGGAGCUGCAAGUUGAUGAGUCACAGUCUAUAGAGGAGGCCUCAGAACCCCAGGUAGAGAACCUAGGGGUGACGGAGACAGCACCUGCAGAAGUUCCUGGGAAACCAGAAGUUGUCCCCGAGUUGGAAACAGAGUAGUAAACUGCCUACUGUAUAGCUGCUGAAGUUGCACUGUUUGUUUAGUAUAUUUCUAGGACAUUUCAGAAUUCCUGAUGUUGAUUAAAUUCAAACCAUUCAUUUAAGUUUAAUUUGAAGGUGUUAUCUACAGUGAUGCUUCCCCUAAAUUUCAAAAUGAUAUGUAUAUGUAUUAUCUAUCAUUGCUUGACAGUUACAUUCACAUCAAUAUAAAAUGUGUUUACCUCUUAGCUUUCUUUUAAAUCUGAAUGUGUGGGGUGAGAUCAACAAAAUAGCACCCGAUGAUCAAACUGACUUGCCAAAUCAACUUUUCAUGUAAACAGAUAUUUAUCCAAAUGCGCUGGUAGUCUUGUCUUUCCGAACUUGCACUGAAUGUUUUUAUUUAUUAGGCUUUUCAGUAAAUAGUUACACCGUUUAUUUAUUUACAGCAAUGCUGUUGUGCCUUGCUAUGGACAUUCACUGUUGCUUCUACAUGUAGGUCUGGUUUACAUCUUGAGAGUGAAACAGUUUUGUAGAUACUCUUUAUUUUAACCAAGAAGCAGUUCCAAAAAAAAGUCACAAAAUGGAAAAUGGUUUAUUGUGUUAAUGCCUUAGUAUGUACAUGGCAUGCAAAAUAAAGUUUUAAAAUCAAAA